AGAGGCAGCCACAGCUUCUCUAGGAACCCCUGGCUGGGAUGCAAUUCCUAUCUAAAUAUACCCCAACUAAAUCAUACCCUAAAUACCCAAACGAACCCAUCCCUCCACAAUAACUUGCUGACGCCCUGCGGCCUCUCACAAUUCCAGAGGAGAAAAUAAAAUCUUGUUUUUUUCCCUUGUAUCCCUCAGGAUGCGGCGGCGGCGGCAGCUCACAGCCCCCGAGUGCGCGGCCCUGGCCCGGAGCCCCGAGGGCUCAGCCCCGCUCAGGCACCCGCUGAGCCUGCCCCGAGGAGGAGGAGGGGGAAACCGGGGCCUUCAUCCCACCCACGGCACACGGAGACACCGCAGAGCCCCGGGCCAGCAGAGGAAGAUCUCGGAUUUCUUUGGGGUGCUGAAGUCGCCGCCAUCCGGGAUGCCGAGGAGCCGCGGGAUCAAGGAGCAGCCCCUGGAUCCCUUUUCCCCUGGAGCUCCUGCUUCCUUCAGCCAGCCCUGCCCUUCCCUGCCUCCUCCCAGGGCACAUUCCAGGAAAAGAGCAAUUCCCAAAGCCGAGCAGGAGCUCUGGGAGGAACCUGAGGAGAAGAUCCCAGAGCUCAGUGGGAUCCAGCAGGAAUGGGAGGAGCUGGAGGUGGAGCCCCUUCCCGAUCCCCACUUUGGGCUGCUGGGCACGCGGAGCUGGCAGGUUCCUCAGGGAUCCAUGGAGGAUCUCCCUCCUGAAAUCCUCAGGAAUAUUUUUGCUUUCCUGCCAGUUGUGGAUCUGUACCAGAACCUGAGCCUGGUGUGUCGCUGCUGGAGGGAGAUAAUCCGGGAUCCACGGUUCAUCCCCUGGAAGAAGCUGUACCAGCGGUUCCUGAGGAGGGAGCCCUCAGCCCUGCUGAGGGUGGAGCAGAUCCUGCAGGAAUUCUCCAUCACCCAGGGGCAGCAGGGCUGCGUGCUGGGGCUGCUCAGGUUGGUGGCAUCCACGGGAGCCAGGCUGGAUCCCAGCAGGCUCCUCCAGCUCUUGGCAACCCAUCCCCUCUUCCCAAAGGCUCACUUCUGUGUCCUCAGCAAAUUCCCAGAUUUGCUCAGCAAGCCUGGGGCAGAGAAGAUGUGGGCCAUGUUUGCUGUCAUGGUGCUGUUCUCUGAUGGCGUUGGGGACAUCCAGAGGCUGCUGCAAUGUUUCCGGAGCCCCCGCUCGGAGCUGGCCCUGCUGGAGGUCACCGAGGUGCUGCACUGCAUGGCCACGCUGCUGCUGGCCAUGAGGAACAGGAGCAUCCCCAUCUCCAACAGGCUUCACUACAAUAUUUUCUACUGUUUGUAUCUGAUGGAAAACGCCUCUGGAAUUGUGCAGCCUCCGCAAGAGGGAAGGAUGGAUUCGUGUCCCAGUGGACGGGCUGAUGUCAGACUGACCCAUGAACAGCAGAGGAUUCUGAGUCACAAAAUUGAGCCUGGCCAAACAGUGAAAAUAAUGGCAUUUGCAGGCACAGGGAAAACCUCGACCUUGGUGAAGUACGCGGAGAAAUUCUCGGAGCUGAAAUUCCUUUACCUGGCUUUUAACAAAGCUGUGGCAGAGAAGGGGAAGAUGGUUUUCCCAAGGAAUGUCACCUGCAAGACCUUCCACUCCUUGGCUUUCGGAAGCGUUGGGAGACGCUACAAAGACAAAGGCAAGCUGAACUUCUCCAAGAUGUCAGUUUAUUCCAUCAGCUUCCUCCUGCGGAACAGGGAGGGCCAGUCCCUGUUUGUGAGAGGGAAAACGGUGUCCCAGACCUUGGGCAGCUUCUUCUCCUCCUCAGAUGAGGAGAUCUCCGAGGAGCACGUGCCCCUGUGGUUCAAAAACACCCAUGGGAACAUGGAGCAAGUCAGCCCCCAGGAAAAGAGGAUCAAUGUGGAGGAAGCCAGAGAGAUUUGGCACAACAUGAAGAAGCUGGAUGGAGAUGUAGAGAAGAAAUACAAGAUGACUUGUGAUGGAUAUUUGAAACUCUGGCAGCUCAGCAAGCCCCAGCUCUCGGGAUACGAUGCCAUUUUUGUGGAUGAAGCCCAGGAUUGCACUCCAGCCAUCGUGGAUAUUGUGCAAUCCCAAAACUGUGGGAAAAUCCUGGUGGGAGACCCUCACCAGCAGAUCUACACCUUCAGGGGGGCUGUCAACACCCUGUACCUGGUGCCUCACACCCACGUGUACUACCUGACCCAGAGUUUCAGGUUCGGCCCCGAGAUCGCCUACGUGGGAGCCACGAUCCUGGAUGUGUGCAAAGGGAUCCGCAGCAAAACCCUGCUGGGAGGGAGGCAAAGGGGGGACGUGAGGGGGGCCCGGCAGGGGAAGAUGGCGCUGCUGUCCCGCAGCAACUGGAACGUGUUUGAGGACGCCGUGGAAUUCUCUGGGAGAGACCCCCCGGCCAAAAUCCACGUCAUUGGGGGAUUGGAGAGAUUUGGCUUGAGUAAAAUUUAUGAUAUUUGGAAGCUCAGCCUGCCUGCAGAUGUCAGGAAAAACUCCCACCUGGAGAUCGAGGACCCCUUCAUCCGGCGCUGGGCCGAGGCCGAGGGCCUGCCGGGGCUCCGGGAGUACGCGGCGCGCGUGGAGGACCGCGAGCUGGAGGUGAAGAUCUCCAUCGUGGAGAAGCACCGGGAGCGCAUCCCGGAGCUGGUGAGCAGGAUCAGAGCCAACCACGUGGCCCAGGAGGGGCUGGCAGAUUUUCUCAUCGGCACCGUGCACCAAGCCAAGGGCCUGGAGUUCGACACCGUUUGUGUCGCGGAUGAUUUUGUGCAAAUCCCUUCUGUCACUGCGGCCUCCCUGGGGAGAAUGAACAUUGCCCUUGAGCGACGGCAGCCAGGAUCCAGGAGGAUUCCUUUGCCAGGCUUGCACCUGGCUGUUCUUCGGCUCCCUGACUCCCCUCACCUCUGUCCCAGCCAUCCAGUAGGAGCCCAUCCAGCUCUAGCAGAGCCCUGAGCUUCCCAGAGCCAUCCUGGACUGGGACUGAUCCUCUUGGCACAUCCCAGCUCCAAAAUCAAGUGGAUAUUGGAGCGGGAUUUCAGCUCAGCUUCAAAUUCCAGGUGUUUGUUGGAGCAGGAUUUCAGCCCAGCUCCAAAAUCAAGUGGAUGUUGGAGCAGGAUUUCAGCUCAGCUUCAAAUUCCAGGUGGAUGUUGGACAGGAUUUCAGCCCAGCUCCAAAUUCCAGGUGGAUUUUAGAGCAGGAUGUUCCCAGCUCCAAAUUCCAGGUGGAUGUUGGACAGGAUUUCAACCCAGCUUCAAAUUCCAGGUGUUUGUUGGAGCAGGAUUUCAGCCCAGCUCCAAAAUCAAGUGGAUAUUGGAGGAGGAUUUCAGCUCAGCUUCAAAUGCCAGGUGGAUUUUAGAGCAGGAUUUCAACCCAGCUCCAAAUUCCAGGUGGAUGUUGGAGAGGAUUUCAGCCCAGCUCCAAAAUAAGUGGAUGUUGGAGCAAGAUGUUCCCAGCUCCAAAUUCCAGGUGGAUUUUAGAGCAGGAUGUUCCCAGCUCCACAAUCAGGUGGAUGUUGGAGCAGGAUGUUCCCAGCUCCAAAUUCCAGGUGGAUGUUGGAGCAGGAUGUUCCCAGCUCCAGAGGGACUUCCAGGCUUUCCUCCAGCCCUGCCUCAUCCUCCAGGAGCUGGGAAUGGGAUCUCCAGAGGAAUCUGCUCUUUAGAAAUGGAUCAGACAGAGCAGGGCUCAUUCUGGAACAUUCCUUCUCUUCCUCCUGUCACCACUGUCCAGACUUCCUGGAUAUUUUAUCAUUCCUGGAAAUCCCUCUGACCCACUGGAAAAAGAGGAAACACAACGCUGGAAAAUAUCCAAAGAAAGUUAAUUUCUUUAAAAUGAACUAUUUCUGCCCCAGCCAUGGGAGGAAAUCAUAAAUCUCUCUCAGUUAAUUCAUUUUCCAUCCUUGCAGCCAAGGGAUUUCCCUGGAUUCUUUCCCUUCUCCCUGCAGCCAACCAGGAAGGAAGAAAUGAGGCAGCAGCAGAAAAAUUCCUUUGGAUAGGUUCCAGCCAAACUCAGGGACAAACUGGAUUUCCAAUCCUAAAAUUAAAUGUGUAGCCAAAAAAAGCCUUGACACUUCCUUAGUGCCUCUUGCCUGCCCUUAAAUUCCCUUUGUUUGGCAGGAACGCUCAGGUGGAUCACACUCUGUGCCUUGUGCCACAGGAAAUCCAAACUGGAUUCAUCCCAGACCAGUCCUUCCCAUCCAGUCAAAAACCCACUCUGUUAUUUUUUAUACAAAAUAUAUUUAUUUAUACAUAAAAAUAAAGAGCUGCCUUUUCUGUAGUGUAAAGAAACAAGUGGAUAAAACCU